AUGGAUAUCAAGGAGAAUUUGAAUUAUUUAUUACCAUUACUUUCAAUCAUUGCUCAAUCAUCCAUAGAAAUUAUUACUGAUGAAGAUUAUCACUUGUACAUUGGAGACGAAGAAGAAUUAGUGGCUCGAUUCCUUAAGGCUUAUUCGAAUGGCACGAUCGACCGUCGUCCAUCGACACCGUUCUGUGUAGCAUACGAAUUUGAAGAAUUGGAUGAUGAGGAUGAAUGUCGUCGAUAUAUCUACGAGUGCAUAGACAAAUAUGCGCCACAUGGGCGACGAAACAAAAUCUAUGAAGUAUCGUUUGCCAAAUUUCUUUAUCGCCGUGUUCGAUUUUUCACCAGUUGCUACUAUACUUUGAACGAGACUAUUCCGAAUCUUGGCUCAACAGCUAUGACGCAGAUGAUUCAAGAAGCGAAGGCUCUCUCUGAAAUAAGUUUUCGUGAUGAUGAUUACCCACGUUUAUAUCUUGUUUACGACCCUGGUUUUGCAUUACAUUUGUUACACAAUAAUUGGGAUCAGGUUCCAGCUGGAUUAAAAGCUUUAUGGAAAAAUACUGAUCCAUUGGAGAGACCAGAAUUCUUAAAUAGAAAUCAUUUUCUCAAAUGUUUGUCGUGGCUUGUCGAUAGCAAAUAUGAAACAUGUGAACGGAUUAUGAAUCAGAUGAAAUUUAUUUUAACUGAAAAUUUCGCUUAUAAACUUUUUCAUAUUCACGAACGAAAAUUAACCACUUUGCCAUUAAUAAUUGAGGGAGAUACUGGUAUCGGUAAAACAUAUCUUCUCAAAUUCUAUUCGUUAUUGUUAAAUGCAAGUGUUCAGCACAACUAUGAUCAAACAAAUUUUCGUACGCAAAUUCUUGAACGCGCAAGUUUAUGGUUGUCAGAAAAGAUUAUUGGUAAAGUUCUAGAGAUGCAACCAAGUCUAUUGAAUGAAGUCCUGCAACGAAUACGACCGAAAUUAAUGGGUUCUCAUGAAGAGAAUACAAAAGAUGAUGACAUCGAUCUAGAUCGUGAAUAUAGCUACGAUGAUGAUGAUGCAGGCAACUACCUAGGAAAGGAAUACGAUUACAACGAGUGGGAAGCUCAGGAAUGCGAACCGGAUGAUACAGAAAACGGCGAUGACGAACAGGAAGAAGAAAAUCAACAAAAUAGUGAUGUUCAAGAAAGUCUAGAACCGUCAAAUUUAAGAUUUUUACAACCUUCAAAUGUAACGAUACCCCAUAACGAAGAACAACUAGUUCCAUUGAAUGAUCAAUUCAUCAACGACAUUGAAGUUCCUGAUCUACCUCAAUCGAUAGAACGAAUCAAUUGAAAAAAUACGGUAUCACAACGAGAAAUUCAACGAUGUUUUUCUCUCAUUGAAUAUUUCUAUGAGCAUCGUAAAGAUGAAGAACAAUUAGAUCUUGAUCGAUCCAUAGCAUUAUCACUUGCAUUGAUCUACUAUUUUCGAUUGCCUACAGAAGAGGAUAAUAGAAAACGUGGAGAUCAGAAAACACCAUCACGAGAAGAACUCGCUAUAGUACUUUCUAAAAGUCUUCCCCGAUUUGUUAGAAUCGUUCAAGAAGAACUGAAAAACUUUGUUAGCCACAAAAAUUUUAUUAUUCCACCAGGUGUAGCCAUGAAUCAAGCCGUAUGUAUUCGAUCUGUAUUUGAUACAAGCUCACAAUUAUCCAAAACGGAUUUUUGUAAGAAAUUACCAGCAGUCGAUCCAUUUUUUUGUCUUGGCUCAAAAUAUACAUCGUCCAAUGAUAUCGCUUGUGUAUUUGAGCGAGCAAUAAAACGUGAACAACAAUAUCAACAGAAUCAAAUGGGAACUCGAUGUGUGGUUUUCUUGGACGAAGCUUCGCUACCGGAUGAAAAGAGAAUGGUACUCAAAGUUUUGCAUCAAUAUUUGGAUGAAUGUAAAGUUGCAUUUGUGGCUAUAGCCAACAAAGCAUUCGAUGCUGCAAAUGCCAAUCGCAUGACUUGUAUCUAUCGUUCACUGCCAUCGGAAAACGAUCAGAAGAUUUUAGCAUAUGGUUGUCUUGGUCUAUCGGAUGAACAAAGUAUUCCUGAAGAUCUAAGCAAUAUCAUUUUCUGUCUAUGUCAAGGUUAUCGACGAGUAUUAGAAAGUAGUGAUAUACCAAAAAUAUUUCAUGAUCGAGAUUUUAUCUAUAUGUUACGUGAAUUACGUUUUGAAUUACAACCAAGUUCAGCAAGCGAACCUGUUGUUAUCGAUACAAUUCGACCCGAGAGCUUGUUACAUGCAUUAGAAAAUAAUUUCAAUGGAAUAACUAGUAAACAAUUCGAAAAAUUAACCGAAAUCGUUUUUCAUGCAGUACAAGAAAAACGCCCGGAUUUUGAAUUAUCGUUAAGAGAACAACGCAAUGAUGUUCGUCGUGAUGUCAUUCGAAUUCUACACGAUUCGAUGAAACUUGAAUCCGUACGUCGCCGAUUAUACGGUCGUUAUAAAUUAAUUAUUGAUGAAUCAGAUGAUGAAAGUGCUGUUCGUCUCUUAUUUCAAACUGGUAUCAUCGAUCCUCAUCAAACCAUAGUCUUUCGAAUGUCUGACUUUUCUGAUGAUAUCAAUAAUGAAUUGAGAAAUGUUGAAAUGUUAUCAACUAUUAAAUUAUGCAUGGAAACAGGUAAAACCAUAUUAAUGGUCAAUACCGGACGUAUUCAUGGUUCACUCUACGAUGUAUUUAAUCAGAAUUUUUCAAUCAUGGCGACAGGUGACACAAGAAAAAUCUUUUCGAAAGUAGCCAUUGGUUCUAAAACAGUCGAUGUGGUUGUUAAUGAUAAUUUUCAAUGUAUUGUACAUAUCAAUCGACAUGAAUUCGAUGACAUACCAGCACCAUUUCUCAGUCGAUUUCAAAAAUAUUCAUUAAGUAUCAUUGAUAUUUAUCGUAUUCAAUUGAAACGUCUUUCCGCUGAAGAACAAAACCUGAUGAACAAUGUCGAAAAGAAAAUGCAAACAUUUAUCAAACAUUUUGGUAUACAAUAUAUAUAUGGAUUGAAUGAUAAUACACUCUAUUCAUGUUUAUUAUCGUUGAUUGAAACAGAUGAAAAUCGACGAUGUUUCAUUACAAAUAUUCAGCAAACUUACACAAUAUUAAAUAUCAGAACGAAAAUUUUUAUUGAAAAAAAUCCCGAAAAUAAACAGCAAUGUCUUCUACGUUCCAUCUUAUCGAAAUUAAUUCAAAUUGCUUCACCGGAAUCGAUCAUAUUUAAACUACCAACAUUUGAAGAUAAAUUUGCUGAAUCGUUAUUUCAAAACUAUUUUCAUCAUCAAGAACAUUUCAAUAUUGAAAAUUUAGUUCGAGAAUUACUGCAAAAACCAUCCGAAAAUUUCGAAGACAAUGGCUCAUCAUAUCGAAUAACUACUGAGGAACAUGCAGAAAUGAAUAUAAUGACGACGACUAAAGUAAUAAUAUAUACACGCACAUCGCCAUAUGUUGUUGGUAUCAAUAAAGCAUCGGAAUAUCAAUUAUUCAAUAAACAGAACCAUUCGAACGACAAGAUCAGUGAUAUGGUGGAUAUUAUAAAUCUUGUGAGUAUAACCGCUGUUUAA